GUUUGUUUGCGUAGAGAAUGACUGCACAUCACAGGUGGAAUGUGUAUAGGGGCGAAAGCAAAGAGCCCAGUGAUCUGAUUUUUACUGUUAAGCGAUCUUCAACGAUUCAACGAAGGGCAAAGUUACAUGUGUUCUUGGCAAAUAACACAAACGAAGAGGUAUGCGACUUCAUGGUUGAAGGGAGUUGGGCUGAAAAAUCUUGUGUCGUUUAUACCGGAGAUCGUACCAAUAUAGUUGCCCAGAUGUGUAAGAAGACCACCGUUCGAAGUGUUCUGAUCGGAAAAGACAAGUACUUGUUAACUGUUCAUCCUAACGUUGAUUAUGCAUUCAUAGUCGUGCUUAUUGUGAUUCUAGACGACAUGAACUACAUAACCGACAUGGAUGGACUGUUCUUCAAUUCAAGCAUGAGCAUGGCUGGACUACCGACGUCAGUUAAUGUACCAGGAAAAUAAAUAUUAAUGCAAGUGUGUUUAAAUAUACAUUAGCUGAGUAAUAAUGAUGGAUAGACAGAGUGUUUACAUAAAUAAUGAGCUAGUUUGUAGUUUGUUCUAGUUAGUUGAAUGUGCAUCCAGUUUGGACUAAGUCCAUAUUAAAGUUAAUAAGCUGAUGAUCAUGAGUUUGUUGUCGUUUGCUUGACUAUAUAGUUCAAAGAGACUCAGAUCUCCUUUGGUUAUGCAGUUCAAAUAAGAUGAGUGAGAUGUCUUGUUGAAAGUUGUAUAAAAUAUUAUUAUAAUAUUAUUUUUAUUUUAAGAUUUGAAAAUUUUAAAUUAUUUAUUAUAUUUUAUGUAGAAAUUUGAAAAAAUUUUAAU